AUGUCUAGCCAAAUAAAGACGAAUGGUAUCUCGGACCGAGACUACCACAGUCUCAUUAACAAAUUUAAUGCCGCAGAAGAUAGCUCAUUGCUGGGCGGCCGCUUAGACCAGUUAUUUGAGAAAAUUGUUGAUAGUUUUCCUAAUAACACUGCCCUCAUUCACAGGGAAACAUCGAUAUCAUUUAGCGAACUCAAUGCGUCCGCAAAUGUACUCGCUCGAGGCCUCAUAAAGCGAGGUUUAAAGCAUGGUGAUGUGGUCGGCCUUGCCGUAUCACGGUCCAUUGACCUAAUCACGGUCAUAUUGGCUGUUCUCAAGCUAGGCGCAGCAUACGUUCCUAUCGACCCAUUAUUCCCCGCAGAACGCAUCAACCAAAUGGUUAGCGAUGCUAGUCCUAAGCUUAUCCUUCUUAGUGGCACUCCGAGCAAGGGCCUGGCGAGCUGGAUAGAUCUAUGCAUGAGUGUCGACGAGGCAAGAGAACAUUCAAUCACUGAUGUGUCUAACAUCGAAGCUGAGAUCCAACCUCACGACCUGUCAUAUGUAAUCUAUACAUCUGGUUCCACUGGGAGGCCAAAAGGCGUCGAAAUCAGUCAUGGUGCGGCCGCUAAUUUCCUCAGCUCGCUACGGAAGUAUGAGCCAGGUUGCAACGAGCAUGAUAUAUUGCUUGCAAUCACGACAAUAUCUUUUGAUAUGUCAGCCUUAGAACUGCUGCUGCCCCUUGUUUCUGGUACCACAAUGGUCAUUGCAGAUACCACGGCAGUUAAGGACCCACGCGAGCUCCUCGGGUUGAUAAAGCGCCAUCGGGUCACCAUUUUGCAAGCCACACCCGCAACGUGGACAAUGCUCCUUGAAUCUGGAUGGAACGGGAAUCCACGACUUUCCAAGAUUAUCUGCGGUGGUGAACCACUCACUCGCCAGCUAGCAGACCGCCUGCUUGCGUCUGCUGAUUCGGUAUGGAAUGUGUAUGGCCCCUCUGAGACGACCUAUGGAAGCGUUGGAAGAGUCGGUGAGGGUGACAUCGUCGUUGGUAACCCUGUCGUUAACGGACGAAUCUACGUCCUCGACGACAACCUGUCUCCUGCGCCCAUCGGCCACGAGGGCGAGAUAUAUAUCGGCGGCGGCAGCGUCUCGAACGGAUAUCGCAACAACGUCGAGCUUACACGCGCGCGCUUCCUCGCCAACCCUUUUCACGGCGGAAGGUUUUUCCGUACCGGGGACCUCGGCCGGUUUCUUGCGCCAGGAAAACUCCAAGUCGUCGGCCGCAUUGAUGGAGUGGUCAAGAUCCGCGGCCACCGUAUCGACGUUGGCGACAUCGAAGCGGUUCUGGUUGACCACGCGAGCAUAUCUGCGGCAGUUGUUAUUAGCCACGAUGAUCGUCUUGUUGCUUACUGCGUUCUGGAUAAGGCCCUUAGCGGCACAGUUUCACUUGAUACCCUCUUACGGCCAUGGGUUGCUGACCGCCUGCCAAACUACAUGUUGCCGGCAUUCUUCGUGCAAAUGGAUGUUCUACCGCUGUCACCUAACGAGAAAGUCAACCGUAAGGCACUUCCUAAUCCGAUAGAGGCUAUUCAGAGCCAGGCUUCGAAGCAGCCUACCUCCGAGUUGGAGCAGCAAUUGCUGGCCAUUUGGUCCGAUAUCCUUGGCCACAAUCGAAUUGGCAUAGAAGAUAACUUCUUCAACUUGGGCGGUGAUUCUGUGCGCGUUAUCCGUAUGCAAGCAGUAUUAGAGAGACUGCUGCACCGGCCUAUACCAACACCAAAACUCUUUGAGCACUACACGAUAAAGACAUUGGCCGCAUAUCUGGCUGAUAUGGGUAAGGAAAACGGCAAAUGUGAAUCUCAGGUAGCAGGCCACGGACUCACUAGUAGUAAUGAAGAUAUUGCUGUGAUUUCUAUGGCUUGCCGAUUACCCGGUGGUGUGACGACGCCAGAGGAUUUCUGGCAGCUGCUGCAAAGUGGUAGAGACGCAGUAAUUGAUGUGCCCAAGGACCGUUGGGAUGCUGAUAAGAUUUACGACACCAAUCCUGAUGUUGAUGGCACGUCAUACUGUCGCCGAGGUGGCUUUCUGGACUCCAUUUACUCAUAUGAUGCAUCAUUUUUCGGAAUAUCUCCCCGUGAGGCACGGGCAAUGGACCCGGCACAGAAUCUAAUGCUGGAGCUAUGCUGGGAAGGUUUUGAACGAGCUGGCUAUACUAAAAAACAGCUGCGUGGGAGCACAACGGGUGUCUUUAUUGGUGUCAGCAGUAAUGGAACAACAAGUAAUAUACCACCUGACCUCAAGGGCUACUCUAUUACAGGAAGUGCUAGCGCCACCAUAUCCGGCCGCCUGUCGUAUAUUCUUGGCCUGGAAGGCCCGUCUCUAGUAGUUGAUACGGCCUGUUCCUCAUCUUUAGUAGCCACUCACCUGGCCUGCAAUGCUUUACGCCACGGCGAGUGCGACAUGGCCCUAGUUGGCGGUCUCCGCGGCCUUUCGACGGAUGGCCACUGUAGAGCUUUCUCAGAUGACACGGAUGGAACGGGGUUUAGCGAAGGUGCCACUGUUAUGGUUCUAAAGCGCCUAUCUGAUGCUCAGCGCGACGGUGAUCAUGUCUGUGCAGUGCUACGCGGUACUGCAGUUAUGCAUGGCGGAUACAGCGCUGGUCUAACCGUUCCUAGCGGCCCCGGCCAAGUAAAACUAAUCCGAACUGCUUUAGGCCGGGUUGCCAUGGAACCAAGUGAUAUUGACUAUAUUGAGGCACACGGUACUGCCACCAAGCUCGGCGACCCUAUUGAAGCAACUGCGUUGGCCGAAGUCUUUGGAGUUGGACGUUCUAUAUCACAUCCUCUACGGCUAGGUUCCGCCAAAUCGAACAUUGGACAUACUCAAGCCGCAGCUGGCCUCGCAGGCUUGUUAAAGGUAGUUUUAUCCAUGCAAAACAAUGUUCUACCUAAAACCCUACACAUAAGCAAACCUACCAGAAAGGUGGACUGGGAGAGUGCCAACAUAGAAUUGGUCCUUACCAACCAACCCUGGCUACCUAGUGAUAGCCGACCUCGCCGGGCUGGUGUGAGCGCAUUUGGGAUUGGUGGUACAAACGCUCAUGUCAUCGUUGAAGAGUCACCUAGGCCCAUCUUGAAAAAAGGUGGCUACGCCACACCUCUCGCGCUCCCUGUUGCCAUCCCAUUUCUACUGUCAGGUCAUAGUGAUUUUGCACUUAGGGCGCAGGCUGAAAAGCUUCGGUUACAUGUUGGGAGCGGCAUUGGAAAGGAUAAUUGUCUCAGUGAUAUCGCCUACUCUCUAGCUACCGCUCGUACACACUUUCAGCGGAGGGUGGUGGUGGUUGCAAGUGAUAAGGCACAAUUGCUAGGAGAACUAGCAUCUGUAAGCUCCGGAUCUGGCAAGUUUCUCAAUGGGAACGAAGUCGGUAAGGCAAGUGUGGGAAUCCUUUUUACCGGACAAGGCAGUCAGCGAUUAGGGAUGGGCAAGGAUCUAUAUGCUGUUUAUCCUGUUUUCAGAAAUAUUCUGGACAAUAUUGCAGCUUUGUUCUCCGGCCUGGAGUCACCCCUCCUUGAUAUCAUGUGGGCUGAGCCCGGGAGUACCAAUGCUUCUUUGCUAAACCGUACCGAUUUUACCCAAGCUGCAUUAUUUGCUCUUGAGGUCUCUCUCUGGGGAUUGUGGCAGAGCUGGGGCGUGCAUCCUGACUAUAUUCUGGGGCACAGCGUGGGAGAAAUUGUAGCAGCUCAUGUUGCAGGUGUUCUAAGUUUACCCGAUGCCUGUCAGCUGGUAAUGAUGCGCGGGCGCUUGAUGCAGGCCUUACCUAGUCAGGGUAAGAUGGCAUCAAUAGAAGCAAGCAGUAUUGAGGUCGAAACCACAAUCAAAGAACUGGGACAGAGUGAUAAGGUUGAAAUAGGGGCCUAUAACACACCUUCACAGGUUGUUAUAUCUGGAGAUUCCGAGGCUGUUGAUGCUGUGGCAGUCCAUAUGGCCAAGUUGGGCCGCAAGACCAAGGUACUCGGCACUAGCCACGCUUUCCAUUCAUCUCACAUGGAUGACAUGCUCGAUAAUUUCAGGGCUGUAGCCCAAAACCUCCAAUUCAACCCACCAAAGAUACCCAUUAUCAGCAGCAUGACCGGUGAACUAGCAAAGGUUGGUGAGCUUCAACAAGCGGAGUAUUGGGUUCAACAGGCCCGCAAUGCUGUUAGAUUUAGUGACGCUUUCCAAGAGCUUGCUAAGCAGGGUGCUAACGUCUUCCUGGAGCUUGGGCCUAGCCCAACGCUUUGUGGUCUGGGUGCAUCAUGUCUUACCGACACUUCUCAAGUGAACACUGCCCUUUGGCUUCCCUCUUUGCGGCCAGACGUGGAUGCAAUUUCAGUUAUCCAAAACAGCAUCAAUGAGUUGCACACCCGACAUGUAGCGAUUGACUGGUCAGAAUUCUUUAAGCCUUUUGGUUGCCAAAGAGUGGGUCUCCCUACUUACGCCUUCCAGCGAGAGAGUUUCCAGCCCGCAGAAGUACCCAAUUUGUUUGGUAACCUCUCACGGAGCUGUGAUACCCCCGGAGCUAUCAAUGAUGUUGAAAGUAUGAUGUUCGAAAUAAAUUGGCGUCCAGUUAGCACAAACAAAUCCCAAACUCGCGGUACGUGGGGUCUUCUCUAUCCUUCCAAUGAAACUGCAUGGAUGAAAAUGGCCCAAAAUGCCUUAUCAAACACGGGCGUUAAGCUAGUUCCUGUUACGAAACCACAGGAGGCUAAGCAGCUCGACGGUGUGCUCUCCCUAUGGGAUUCUAAUGCGGAUGUUAUUCAAAUGGCACACAGCUUCACAGCAACAGCCCUGGCUCAUCUACAGGAAGUAAGCAAGACUGGGUUUGCGGCGCCAGUGGUUUGGGUCACCCGCCAUGCCGUUGGUGCAGGCACUAAUGACCAGCCAACUGGGAUCGGGGCCGGGCCGCUGUGGGGCUUGAUGCGGACAACAAGAAGCGAGCACCCAGAGUUACGCCUUCACUUGAUUGAUAUUGGUGACGAUACUAGCUUCGAUGCUCUUGGCAUGGCAUUGAUGCUGGAUAACCAGGCAGAAAUUGCUAUCCGUAAGGGACAGCUGCUUGUGCCUCAUUUGGAGCGCGCUACCAUGCUCCCAACGCCAGUUGGCCAACCAUUGCUUCGAACUGAUGGGGCGGUUUUGGUUACCGGAGGUCUUGGUGAUCUUGGAGGCCGUGUGUCCCGCAGACUGGUAAGUUGUCACGGAGUCCGUGACGUAGUUAUCAUGUCACGACAUGGCAUGGAGUCUCUCAAUGCUGGUACAUUUGUGGCUGAGCUUGGUAAAUUGGGCGCCAAGGUUACCAUAAUCGGCGGUGAUGUCGCAGAUCUUGAUAGCCUCAAGUCUGUUAUGAAGUUAUUUACAGCCGAUAGACCAUUACGGGGUGUAAUCCAUGCCGCUGGGGUAGUUGACUCGGGCAUUUUGUCUUCUUUGACGCCCCAGAAAUGUUCCACGACUUUCGCGCCAAAGGUAGACGGCCUAUGGAAUCUACACGAACUAACCAAGGAUAUGGAUUUAGACGUCUUUAUGAUGUUUUCGUCUAUUUCUGGUAUCAUGGGCUUGCCAGGUCUAGGAAAUUAUGCUGCUGCUAAUUCAUUUAUUGAUGUUCUCGCUCACCUUCGACGCGCUCAGGGCCUACCUGCCACCUCAGUGGCAUAUGGUGUCUGGGGCGGAGACGGUAUGGCAACCACUCUUCUCUCAACAACUCGUGCCCAUCUUUCACAACUUGGACUGGGCUUUCUCUCACCAGAAGACGGUUUGAAACUAUUCGAACAGGCAGUUCACCAGGGCCGUACGCUCACCGUUGCCGCUGUCCUCGACUUGGAGCGGCUAAGGUCAUAUUACGAAGAACAGGGUGGUGUACCAUCCUUCCUAUGCUCAAUUUUAGGACAAAAUAAGGCCAAAUAUUCGGUUGAUACAGCCACCAACUUGCGCAAUAUGUUGAUCGACUCUGCUCCUGAGCAGCAUGGAAGCAUCAUGUUGCGCACGGUUCAAGGUACCAUAGCCAAGGCUUUAGGGUAUACCCGAAUGGACGAUAUAGACGCGAGCCAACCUCUGAAAGAACUGGGAGUUGAUUCCUUAACUGCAGUUUUAGUGCGUAACCAUCUAGCGACAUUGACUGGCAUGGUGCUACCACCCAACAUUGCUCUUCUUCGCCCGAAUCUGAUAGCACUUAGUGAAUUUCUGCUAUCCCAGUUACAAAAUGACAUUGGAAUUGACUCAUACUGCGCGCCAAAAGUUAACGAUAUUCCAAAAGCUGACGGUGCUCCAAGUUCGAAUGGUGCGCCAAAAGCCAACGGUGUACCAAAGACUAACGGCGUAUCCAAAAUCAAUGGUGUGUCUAAGGCUAAUGGCGAGACAAAGGCUAAUGGCACAGUACCAAAUAAUAUAGCAACUGCUUCUUACGUUGAUAUGGCAGCCAUCAAUAGAGGUGUCCUUGACCCGCGAUUCCAUUUUGAAAACAUAAUAAAACACCCAACUACGUGUUUCAAUGCCCCUUCGAGUGUUUUCGUGACAGGACCAACAGGCUUUGUUGGUGCAUUCAUGGUAUACGAGUUUCUUAAAAGGAGUAUCUCUGUGUACUGUCUGGUGCGUGCUAGCAGUCCCAAUCUGGCACAAGAACGGGUGAUCAAAACCCUGAGAAAAUACAGUCUUUGGAAGCCCGAGUAUGAGCCACUGCUGAACUCGGUGGCCGGUGAUCUCUCCCAGCCACUUCUCGGCCUUCAUGAAGAUGUUUUCAAUGAUAUAGCCAAUCGAGCUGAUGCUAUACUUCAUUCUGGGGCUCUCGUCGAUUGGAUGCGUCCAUUGGAAGACUAUAUUGGCCCCAAUAUCCUUGGUACUCACGAAAUCCUGCGCCUUGCCUCUCGUGGUCGUGGAAAGGCAGUACAUUUUAUAUCCACCAUCUCCACACUACCUAUUCACGUAGGUUACGGCCUCACUGAACUUGACGGAGAAUAUGGCUAUGGUACCUCCAAAUAUCUUGCCGAAAAGAUGAUUGUGGCAGCUCGUUUCCGUGGAGCCGCAGCAUCGUCCUAUCGUCUACCCUUUGUCGCUGCCUCAGCCACCAACGGUCGUUUCCGACUCGAUCGCGGUGACUUUUUAAAUAAUCUUAUUACUGGAAGUCUAGAUUUGGGCGCUUUUCCUUCCCUAAAUUCUAGCCUAUCUAGUGUCCUUCCUGUCGAUUAUUUGUGCAAUACCAUUGCAACUAUUAUGACCGAGGAUCAGGGGCGAAUUGGGGAGGACUAUGACUUUAUUAACCCGCAUGCACCUACAUUUGAUCACUUCUUCGGGAUUAUGGGCGUCGCUAGCGGUAAUAAAGUGACUAUUCCCUUCAGUGAUUGGCAUCGUCGAGCACUAGAGUAUGCUAUAGCGCAUCCGAAAGGUUCAUUAGCCCGCAUUACUACUAUUCUCGAUGGCUAUACCGAUGAAACUGCUGGUGCUUUAAUGAAAGGGAGUCCUAUUGGCAAACAUGUCCUUGGAUUGGACAUUUAUCCCGUUCCGUUGAUGGAUGAGGGAUACGUACAUAAGUACUUAAACUGCAUUACUGCUGCGAAGGAAGAAAAUGGACAUGAGUAA